UUUCAAUACUAAUGGUCAAAUACGAUGACCAUCAAGGGAACCGCUGUUAAGCUCCUCUUGAUCAUAAAGAUCUGCUCUUCUUCUAGGCACCAGAGCAUCAACAGUAUCACUUGUUAAUUAGAACGGGUGAGUUCCAUUACUAAACUUGCUACUUUUUAUUCCUUCUCUCCUCCCACCACAUUCUUUCUUUGUUCAUAAAUGCUUCUUCUUCUUUCCGAAUAGCUUCAAUAAAAAUACCCUUUUGUUUGUUCUGUGUUCCCUUCAGCAAUGUUUCGUAUUCAGUGCAGAAAACUAUGUUAUUUUAGUAGGGUUUUGGAUUCGACAGUCACCAUUUUAGCUCUUAACCUAAGCGCAUCUCUGAAAUUCAUCUCAACAACAACAACAACAAAAAAUUCUUCUGAUCGACAUUCUUUCACGGUCUCUUAUCUCGUUAACUCUUGUGGGUUGUCUGAACAAGCUGCCGGCUCUGCAUCCAAGCGUGUUCACUUCGUAACCUCAAAAAAGCCAGAUUUAGUAAUUUGUUUUUUCAGAGACCAUGGAUUUUCCAAUGCCCAGAUCACCAAAAUUAUUAGAGUACACCCGAACAUACUCUUGUGUGAUACAGAUAAAACCCUUAAACCCAAACUCGAAUUCUUCCUUUCAGCAGGUGUGUCAUCCCCUGACCUUGCUCAGAUCAUCUUUCGAGAUCCAGGGACCUUAUUACGGAGCUUAGAAAACCAAAUAAUUCCUUCAUUUGAGUUCCUUAGGGGUUUGGUUGAGACCAAUGAAGAUGUCAUCAAGAUUUUCAAAAAUUUCCCCAGGAAUUCCAUGUGGGCUAUUAGAAAUUACAUGGUACCCAAUAUUGCGGCUUUGCGACAUCACGGUGUGCCUGAGGCCUUGAUUUCGAUAUUGCUGGCGCAUCCUUCAAAAUUGCUUCGCAGACCUGAUCGGUUUAAUGAGAUUGUCAAAGAGGUCAAGGAAAUGGGUUUUGAUCCUUUGGAGGCAUCGUUUGUCUCAGCCAUCCGUGUGAUAGCUGGAUUGAGCAAAUCUACCUGGAAAGCUAAAUUGGACACUUUUAGGAAAUGGGGUUGGACAGAAGAUGAGAUUCUUUCAGCAUUUAGAAAGCAACCCCAAUGUAUGAUGUUGUCUGAGAAGAAAGUAGUAGGAGUUAUGGACUUCCUUGUUAAAGCAAUGGGUUUGGAGCCUUCUGUACUUGCCAAAUGUCCAAGUAUUCUCACUUAUAGCUUGGAUAAUAAAAUUAUUCCUAGGUGUUCAGUUAUUCAAGUUCUGCUCUCAAAUGGACUGAUUGAGAAGGACUUUAGCUUAGCCACUCUGGUAAUAAGCUCGGAGGAGUCUUUCCUUAAAAGGUAUGUGGCAAGAUUCAAAGGUCAAUUUCCUCAACUGCUAAAGGUAUAUCAAGGUCAGACUGAUUGGAGGGAAUGCACUAAUUGAAAAUUUUAAUGAGGAUGCUUUGGUAUGGAGUUGAAAUUGUAUGUUCUUCACUGCCUAUACCUCAUGAAUGCAUGUAAUUUUAGUUCCAUAUGUGCUUGUUUUGUGCAUCUGGAAACAUUAAAUGGUAAAGAAAAUUGGAGUGAAUGCUUUUAAAAUUGUUCCUAUUGUAUUUCAAUUCUUUUGUGCUAAAUGUCUCCGUUAUGAUGAGGCUGAUGCAAAGCUCCGCACAAUUAUUUAGAAGUCAGAUCCUUAAUCACUGUAAAAAAAAUGUCUGGUUAAGGAACAGGAAGGUGAAGAUGUGACUGGGCUACUGCCUUCUUUUAACCUUUUUCAAGCUAUAGUGGGUCAGUUGGUUAGUCCAUUGUUAAAUAGUCUAUUUUUUUUUUAAAUUAUUUAUUUGUUUUUAUCACAUUUUCAACUUCAGGCUGUUUUAGAUUUACUCUAAUAUUUUGCACAACCCAUCUUGUAAACUUAGCUGGGUUACAGCUUGAGGGGCCUGCUUCUGAAAAGAUACCAUGAAUUGGUUUUAAACAUU